AGCCAUUCAUUUGUAUUGUCAACACUAAGCGUAACGGAUAUUGAAAACAUAAACAUCAUUGAAAAAAUUUAAUAAAAAGUUCGUAAAAAUGGAUAUGCAGCAAAUAGAUUUUAGUGAAUAUAAAUUCGAUCCAAUUCCGUAUGCUCGUGCAAUUGAAACGCUUGCGAAACAAAUUCAUGGAACCAAUUUUGAAGCAAAUCAAUGUUCAAAGUCAACAUUUGAUCAAAUUGACGCACUAAUCGGAGAAAAAACAGCAGAAUGUUCGCAGAUUGCAGAGGAAAUAAAAAAUGUAAGAAACGACAAUUUAAAAAUGCAAAUCGAAUUGGAAUCGUUGAAAAAAGAAGAAGCAGAAUUGUCGAGUACACACGUUGACCUAAAAGAAGUUUUGAAAAACAUCUGCAAAGUCACUUUCGUCCAAGAUAACGAAAAAUUCAGAACAAUAACACAGAAGAUACAGCGAAGUCUCGGAUUCAAACUAAAAUUGUUACAGUGCCAUGAUAAUCAACAUUUAUGGAUAGCCACAUUUCUUUUUGACGUUUCCAACGAAUCGGAGAGCAAUCAUUUUGUGGUUGUGUUAUACAACAACGAAACAUCCACCUUCGCCUGUACGUUAAUCAAUUACUAUUAA